AUGUCGUCCAGAGAAGAACAGGCCUCCCAACUUGCUCGCGUCGAUGCGAUUCUGGGGCAGGAGCAGGGGGAGAUAGGAAAGCUUCAAGAUAAGGUGGUGAGCGAUCAGGGUUUCCUCUACGGUAACUGGGCAGAGCUUCUCUCAGCCGCUCCUUUAUCUCUUACAGCCAUCGGAAAUUGCUUUAUUGCUGCCUCGUCUCCUCUCGCAUCUUCGAUAAACCUUAAGGAACCAAAUGGAGGAUUUAAAUUUCUUGGCCAAACCUCUCUAAGAGCCGGUCUUGUCCAGACUUCGGAUGCGGGCACCUUUGCAUUUUUGAAUGCCCAAGCUCGGUUUGAUACCAUAACCUUGAUUUCCGGUAAGAUGUUUGAAACCGUAGAGAGGAUCGUUAUGCUCCUCAAUGAUCCCGGUUCAGCAAAGGUGUUACUAAGACCCACUAUGCAACGUCUAAAGAAAGGUGCAGAUGAAUGCGCGGCAAGUGCAAGAGACAUGGAUGGUGAUUUCGAAAAAUGGCUGCAAUUGAUCUCAGAGCUACAUAUCGCAACGGUGCAAGGAACAACCGAUGUAGACGAGAAGAUUCUUACCAACCAGAUAGCACUUGCCAUGGAUAUAGCAAUUGAGGGCAAGACAAAGGAGGUGGCAGAGACUGCCAAAGUUAUGGUCGAUAAAAUUACUGGCGAAUUGGAUACCGCUCGAGAGCUUUACAAGAAGGCCGUGAAAAGCAUGCCAUCGGGAUGGGAAAUGAUUGCACAGUCGUUUGUAUCUCAGCUUGCAAAUACAAUGAACUCCACAAUCAGGACUGCACUUCCAGCUAUGCUAUCAGUUACUGGUGCUAGCGCCGUGAGUGCUGCUGGCAUGAAUAUCUUCGGCAAUGAAGCUGGACAGGACACUUCGGCUCAUGCAGGUCCCAAUUUCGAGGCUCUAAUACGACCAAAGGACUCUGAUGACCCGGCUUAUACUCGGAUACACACCACUGUCGAUUUCGUCAGAGGACUCAAAUCCAUACUCACAAGUGGUGAAGAUGGCGGUGUUGAUUGGUCUCAUGUUACUGUUACAGAUAGUUCAGACAAAGGAGGCCUUACGUACGUUUUGGGUAUGCUCGAUGUCGCGGAGAGAACGUUUCCUCCUUCCGAAAGUGAACCCAGCAGGAGUUAUAUGGAGAUUGUGCAAACAUCAAUCAGAAUUGGCAAAGAACUCCAAGCUGAAGGUCGGAAAUCUACCGAAAUUUCGUGGAAAGCCCCGGAAAAAAAUUCCCCGCAGGUUGUUGGCUGGCAGUCAGAAAUGCUCAAGAUCUUCAGCUUCGCUGUCUCACUUGAUUCAACUGCUAAAACCAUCUUUGGCAUUCCAGAGAGACCGAACCAACCAGUAUCGACUUCCCAAUCUGGUAACGCUGCAGGCUCUAAUGCAACCGUUGCCAGCCAGAUAAUUGACGCGCAUGUUACUCUCGUCACUCAAACACAGACUGUUUACCUUGAUACCCAGAAACAAUAUGUUGAGACGCAGAAGUAUCUCAUUCAAAUUCAAACCGAAGUCGCUAAGAUUGCUGGCGAAAUGGCCAAAUUACAAGCUGAAAGUGUUUCGUUGGAGGAGAUCAAAUCGAUUCUUUCAAAGUCCAUAGAUUGCUUAACAACAAUGAAGAUCCAGGUAGCGAAGUUGGUAACCUUCUUUGACGGAAUAGCAGGUCUUGUCGACUUUGCAAUUGAACACGAGGUCAUUCCGUUCAUCGAUGACCUUAAUGCAUUCACUGGAGAUGAAAAAGAGGUACUCAUAACUGGAUACACAUUCAGUGACCUUUCUCGUCAAAUUAUUUCUACUAUGGCAAUGACAAUGCGAUUCUACUUCUCUAUUUUCAUGGAUGUUGGCAAAAUGUAUGGCGAAGUUUCGAGAAAACACAUUAUGCCUGGGGUGGAGCUCUGUAAUCAGCUUGGCGUACCGUCAAAUAUUGAUGCCAAAAUGAGGGCACUUUUUGAAUUCACCAAAAAUUCUCAAGAAGGGGUAAAUAGAAUCGUCCAAGCAAAACAAGACGAAAUUCUCGACAACAUUAAGCCAAGAGCGCUUGAAGCUGCGAGAAACGUCGAGUUCCUCCCACCCUCGGUCGAGGUCAGAGCUAUUGUCGAGUCGGGAGCAAGAGUUGUCUCAGAUGCUGCAAUUAAAGGGCUUGAGAGUCAUAAGUCGCUGAUCAUAAGACCUUUUGGAUCCCUGGCUCAGGUCAUUUGA